UUGGGGAAACGAACAAAAGCAUGGCUGUGUUUUGUAGCAGGAAAUAAAACGUAAUGGUAAACUUUAUUCAGGUUUAUUCUUAGUCUUCUAUGCAUUUAAGAAACUUGUGAUUAUUUUUCAUUGAUCAAAAGGAAGAAGUGCCUCUUCCAACACUAAUGUUUUAACAUGCAAAUGAUCUCUUCUUUAUCAAGUUCUAACAUUAUGCAAAUCUAACCUCAAGCCUGCAAAACCACACACCAUAGAUUUUGCUAUGAUAAAGCCGAACUACAAAGGUUUGUGAUGAACUGAGAGCACCUCAAAAAUCUGUGAUACUAUCAAAAUACAAAUAUCUAUUAUUUAAAAGGGGCAAAAUUAUUUUUGUUGCAUUUGUUGAACUUUCCUACAUUGUUUCAUUACAAAUAUUCAUUUAUGCAUUUUAUUUGGAUUUAUGACAGACAUAGACAUAGACUAUGUCACAUAAAUGUCACAUAGAAGGAAAGUAAUGCAUGCUUUUAAAAAAUCUUUUACAAAUAAAAAUGGCACCACUUUGUGUCGAUAGUACAACACAUAAUAAGAGCAAAGUAAGAUAAUUUCUUGUUACAUUACUCACACAUUCGGGUGCAAUUUUAUGAGAUGUAAAAGAAACUUAAAGUGUUAGAAUAUUUUUACUAGACUAAUUCUUCAUCUCCAGUCCAUUACCAAAGUUAAGCUGUCAAAUUCUUUUUCACUCCUGGAAAUUGGAGCACUUGCAGAUUUAAAUGUCAUAUACUGACUUGCAGCAACUCCGUAUCUCAGGAUCCCUGCUGCAUGGCUGUUUGAUGCACAGAGCUUUAGGGUUGCAUCUUAGGGGAAAUGCGUUGCUGAUAUUUGGCUGAAGAUGAACCGACCCGGCUCGAGUCCAGCUGAGUACUUCAAGAUUGUUCUUAAGUAUCUAAUCUAAAGCAAAUACUAUGUCUGAAAAACAGAUCUCUCCUACGAAGUUUAAUGAAAAAUUCUCCCAAAAUUCAAAGCUGUUAGGUCUAGAGUUAAAUAUUUUAAUUAAUUCAAUUGUUUAACUAAUAUAAUUUGUUUCUAGAUUUCUGCUUUGUGGUACUAAUAUGUGGAACAGUUCAUAAUGUUCUGUAUUUACCUGUAUGGGAUCACAGAUUGGACUUGAUUUUUAGAUUUGACUUCAUUUGAAGGACAAAUAAAAUUUUAAUUAAGCAGUUUCCUGUAGCAGUAGUUUAUAGAAAAUGGUAUCAUCUUUGGUCACAUAAUUGAGCCAAUGCAGUGAACUUCAGUUCCUUAUUCAUUAUAAUUAGUAAUUCCGUUGUUGUUUUCUGUUCUGUUCUUCUAAGAAUAUUCUUUUCUGUGUGAGUUAAAAAGCCUAGGUAAUCCUCUGGCUGUCAUGGUGUGAGGUCAUUUGUAUAUUUAAAGCUUAAUGAGAGGUCUUACCCAAACCAAUACUUGUUUUGCUUGUCAAAAGUAACAUUAGAGCUGAAAAUAAUAGGUGCGUUGACCUCUAAAUCGUUUUAUAAUGAACCGCUUUGCCAAAUGUUCCCCACACCUGCUGCUACCUGCCACUUACAGGAGACAAACACAGUGUCAUGCAUACUUUUCCUUCAAAUUUAUGUGGACUUGAACAUUUCCAAGCACAUGACAACGCAGGAAAUUUUUUUUCCCUUCUCCUUUUCAAAUUUGUCAUUUGGAUAGUAGUCAUCAGAUUGUUUGUAAAUUGCCAUACAACCCGUGCCUAGGCUGAGACCAACCCAAACUAAAAAAAAAAACAGACAGAAAACAUGCUUUUAUACAGAUAGUCCCAAUUACUGAUGAUCAGUUAAUCCUGUGGUAGAAACAGGGGUGUACUUAGUUUUUUCUUACCUAUGACUGUAUGGACAGUAACUUUCUUUUUCUCUCUGUCGCCAUUAUACUUUGCAUUUUUCAUAAUUCUUAAGGUAUGUGCACUUGUUCUUUACAAUGUCUUACUAGUUUAUGAUGGUAAUCGUUCCCUUCCUUCACUGAUAAGAGAGUUUGAUUAGUGAACCCUGCCUUUAUUCAACAUACAGAAUUCUGUUUGCUCUAACAUGAACACACGCACACAGAAAGUGAUGGAUUCCGAUCGAUUCUGUUAUUUUCCGAUUAAUUUCAUUCAUGCAAAUGUUCCUUAAUGUGAGUCCAACUCAAACGGAGACAAUAAACAGGAUUAUAUUAUCAUAUAGCAUUACUGAGCAUUCUGUAAAUAUUCAUCAGGUCUGUAUUUUCAUUUGGUUCGAGAUUGACUCAAUAGUUUAACCUGGUUUACUUUUUUUUAAAGUGCAUCUCUUCUAGAGGUCUUAAACUUGUUUUUUUUUUCUCUUUAGAUAUUUUAUCAGAGAAAUUGGUCAGCUGACAAAUUCACAGAAGUCUACAUCCAUAAAUUCUUCUUAUAGAUGCGUAAAACUCAGUUGAUAGUUUUUAUUUUUAUUACAUCCAAAAUUACACGUUUCCUUGUGAUGGAAGGAUUUUUUUUUUUAGGAAUUUAUAGAUACGUGACAUGAAAAAGAAGACAACUGUGAAAAUAUGAUUGGCGAUUAUAAGCAAAAAUGAUGAUGAUAGAAAAUACAUUUUAAGGUGAGCCCUCCAUCUCAUCUGUCAGUCUCGCCUCCUCCUCUCUCCGUCUCUCCAUCCUCUCAUCUGCAGGCGGUCCGAGUCGCUGACGACGGGCCAAAUGGACACUGCCUUGUGGCUCAUCGCCAUCACCUUCCUCACUGUGGGCUACGGAGACGUUGCACCCAAGACCAGCUGUGGCAAGGGGGUGUGUCUCUUUACCGGUGUCAUGGGUGUUGCCUGCACUGCUAUGCUGGUGGCCAUCGUUACCGAGAAGCUGGCGCUGAACAAAGGAGAGAAGCAUGUGCACUUCUUCAUGAUGGACAUCCAGAUUUCUAAAAGGAUCCGGCAUGCCGCCGCUAAUGUUCUGAGAGAAUGCUGGCUGCUGCACCGUGCUAGCCCAGCGAAGGGCAGCCGGGACGAGCAUCGACGACACCAGCGAUGUCUUCUGGAAGCCAUCAGAGUAUUUCGACAUUUACGCCUCAAACAAAGAAAACUGAGAGACUAUGUCAGUGAGAUGGUGGACCUCUCAAAGAUGCAGAUGAUCAUGUGUGACCUCAGCGCCAACUGGAACAACUCCUAUCGAGAGCUGGAGCAGAGGAUUCUCUUCAUGGAGCAGAAGCUGGACGAGCUGACUCGCUGCUUCCAGCAGACCUCAGAGCUACUAUUUGAGGUCCUACGUCACCGAAACCCUGAGAUCAGGUGACAUGGCUGCAAGCACUUUUUUUCCCUACAUGUCGGUGUCUGCAGCAUUUCCGUCUGCAGCGCCUUCAAAUCCUGGCUGCCCAGAGCUGCUGGAGAACUGCUUCAGCAAACAUCUCAUCCACUGGCUCGGCGGUGGACGCUCAGUGACUCAUUCUGUAAAGUUACAGACGAUUUACAUCUUCAGAAAGUGGGACUGUCAGUUUUUUGGGAAGUCUGCUGUGCUGUGUGGCAAAUGUAUUUGUGAUUGUGCACAAAUAACUGAUCUAAAUGAACUGUAGAUUACUUUAUAUCA